AGGUGGGGGGUGUGGGUGGGUGAGACAGCAAACGAGACAGGAGAGAGUGUGAGCAGGCGAGCGAUCACAGGCUGAACAGAGGAAGCAGCGACUGGAGAGCGAGAGGCAGAGGUACCACAACAUCUGAAAGUUUUUAAACCUGUGAUCACAGUAGCUGAUGCAAAGCAAGGCUGGGGUUUUCUUCCAACACGUGGAAGCGGAGCGUACAAGCCCACAUCAUGGACUGCGUCGGUCUACGACAGAUUUAGGUUUUACAACAACGGGAGGGAUUCUAUUACAUUCUUUUGUGGGGAGCCCCGGAGUCUGAGAAAGCUGGAGGACAUGGAAGAAGACUUCUAGAAGAAGCGGAAAGACUGAAACACGCAGUCUGUUGAACUGUACACCUGGGAGAAAUAAUAACUGAUCUGGAACUUAGAAAAGCUCAGAAGGUCUUACCUUCUCGGGGAGAAGUUGAUACAGUGGAUGACAAGAGUCUCAGCUGCACGCGAAAGGGAGGAUCCUUUUGAACAUCUCGUCGUGGAAGUUGUCCUCAUGCUGGGAUUAUAGCAUUGGAUCUGCUUAUUUUUUUUUUUUUUACCUUUCAAGCAGCAAAUCUACAAGCAAUUUUGAUGAUUUUCUAUAAUAUGUAAGGGAUGAGACAUCUCAUGCGCCGACCUUGAGCCAUCCCACCCUAAUCUGCACCCUCGCCUGUGGGACCAUGCUGACCGAGUGUCCAACGCCAGACAGAGCAGAGCCACGACCCGCACUCAGGCCCGCUGAAAUCUCAGCAGCAACAUGUCUCAGCCAGUCGUGGCACAACUCAGUGAUAACAGCUCACAAUCCGGCGAAGUGACGGAAAUUCAGUUGAAAUGGGCAGCUCUGCUCAUCGUCAUGGUCAUCAUCCCCACUAUCGGAGGAAACAUCCUGGUUAUUCUUGCUGUGUCGCUUGAAAGAAAACUGCAAAAUGCCACAAAUUACUUCCUGAUGUCCCUUGCUGUAGCUGACCUGCUGGUUGGACUCCUAGUGAUGCCAAUUGCACUCGUCACUGUUCUUUACAGCUCUGGAUGGCCUCUUCCUGAAUCUCUCUGUCCGAUUUGGCUCUUCCUGGAUGUGUUGUUCUCCACUGCAUCAAUCAUGCACCUUUGUGCCAUCUCUUUAGAUCGUUAUAUAGCCAUCAAGAAACCAAUCCAGCACAGCCAGUACAAGUCCAGAACCAAAGCAAUGAUCAAGAUUGCACUGGUGUGGCUCAUAUCCAUUUGUAUCGCAAUCCCAAUUCCAAUAAAGGGGCUUACGAACUCCCAUCAUCCCAACAACAUCACCUUCAACAUCAACCACACAUGCUUGCUGAAGCCGGACACCUUCCAGGAAUUUAUCAUAUUCGGCUCCUUGACAGUAUUCUUCAUCCCUUUGAGCAUCAUGAUGGUCAUCUACCUGCUCACUGUGCAGGUGUUGCGCAAAAAGGUUUAUUUGCUCAAGUCAAAAGUGACUCAACGCUUCACUCCCCCUACAAUCUCCACAGUUUUUCAAAGGGAACAGGCAGCGAAUGAAACUGAGCAAAUGAACAUGCUGGAUGUCAGACUACCCAGGAUGCAAGACGACCUGAAUGCGGGCACAAUGAAUGCUCCUACGGAAGAUGAAAUCUCCUUUCGCCGAAUGUCGACAAUGGGCAAAAAGUCAAUGCAGACUCUGAGCAAUGAGCAGCGUGCUUCAAAGGUGCUUGGCAUAGUCUUCCUUCUGUUUGUAGUCAUGUGGUGCCCCUUUUUCAUAACAAACAUCACCUCUGCACUGUGCACCAGAUGUGAUGUUAACAUCAUUUCCCGCCUGAUGGAGAUCUUUGUAUGGGUGGGAUAUGUGUCAUCGGGUAUUAACCCACUAGUCUACACCCUUUUCAACAAAACUUUCAGGGAAGCGUUCACACGUUACAUAACCUGCAAUUACAAAAACACUGCAACGCAAGGGGCAGGACGACAUCCAGCAGCAACUAACGCAGACUGGACCCUCACGGGGAUUUCGUUCAAAUCUUCUAUGGCACAGAACUCAAAACUAUUUGUAAAGCGGGGAAUGAAGAAUGGCAUUGAAGCUGUGAGCUACCAAAGUCCAGCGAGGUGCCGACAAGUGCCUGUACAGUCCCCCGGCGGUGUUGUGCUAGACACGAUACUUCUGACUGGAAAUGAAGAUUUUAAGCAUGAAGAACAUGUAAGCUGUGUAUAGGCAUAUUGGGGGGGGUACUAAUCCAGUUAAAAAAGGAAGGCUUGAUCUGGAUUAGAUUUAAAAGGUGCAAAUUCAAUCUCUCUUAAGACAAAGGCUUGCCUUGAGAAAAAGAAUUGCACGAGUGGGACUUAUUGCUGCUGUUGAGUUGAAUCAUUUAAUGCCAACAAAACUUAUUCUGUUGUUUCUUGAUACCGCUGAUGCUCAAUUAUGUCAGAAAAUUAGUUUAAAUGACAAGUUGAUAUAAUCAAUAGGGUCAAUUUGAUAACACAAAAUGCCACUUUCAAUGCAUAACUCAAACAACCUAUGUGACUGUACCGUAGUGAACACGGGGGUAAAAACAAAAUGUACAAAGCCUUGCAGGUCUGUAAAAGAAGGCAAUAUUGAUAAUGUGAAUUUUCAGCAAGACAGGAUACACAAAGAAAGUUAGACUUUGCAGAUCUUGUAGUAACUUGAGAAAAACCUGCACAAGGAAAGUUAUAACUCCUCAAAAUUCAGGCUCCCAGACACGACAGCCUGGAAACUCUCUGAAUGCUGUAUAUACCACGCUCCCCUUUUCGACUUAAACUGUCUAAAUAUGCUGUAAACCAUCUCAGAUCACAUGCUUUUGUUAAUAAAAUACAACUCUACCUUUGCAAAUUUUUUGGAAAAAAAAAUAUUUGGGAAGCACUUUUCUUUGUGUAUUGCAGCCUGCUGUUUAGACAUGUUAAGAGGUUUGAAAAAAAAAAAAAACUGUAGCUACCAAUAGAACAAAAUCCAGAUUAAAUGGAAAAUUUUAAUAUACCAAUUAAAAGAUUGUAUUGCCCUGAGAGAAGUCUAACAAUUGUAAGCCUCAAC